AUGGUUACUAUUCAAGUAGCAAAUCGGGAAAGGAAGUUAAGAGAAGAGCCAAAUGAUCAGAAAACUCUAACUAAGACAAGCACGAUAGAAAAUGCACCUUACCGAGAAGCUAUAGGUAGCUUAUUAUACCUUGCGAAUGCAACUCGACCAGAUAUCUCUUAUGCAGUUAAUAUUUUAAGCAGGCAUCAAAUAAAUCCAACUGAAUACGACUGGAAGAUGGUGAAACGAGUCUUCAGAUAUCUCAAAGGAACGAAAGAUAAAGGAUUAAGAUUUUUGUCAAAACGAAAUAAUUUAGAGGCUUUUUCAGAUGCAAGUUUUGCAGACUGUAAAGGAUCACUCACAACUUGUGGGUGUGUAAUUCAGUUGUAUGGAGAUUCUGUAGCCUGGAGAACGCAUAAGCAGACAUUUAUAGCUCUAUCAACGUGCCAAGCAGAAUGUUACGCUGAGUGA